AGUUGGCGCGCGGGGCCCCGGUGACUGGGACGGCCAAUACAGGCGCUCCGUAUAAAAGGAGAGACAAGAGACAGGGCCGAACGAGCAGGAUAUAACUGUUUAAACGGAGUGACGACCACACAGUGACGACGACGAAGACGACCGAAUAUAAAUUGUUAGUAAUUUUUAUUUAAUUUUUACAUUUUUUUCUUGUUCGUUACGACUACGCGCGAAUUAAAAGUGCGCGGGAGUAUCGUCGACGGGCCCGCGAGAGCUCGAAGCAAAAUCCCGACUUACUCGCUGAAUCGUUCCGCCUGCGGAGGGUGUUCGGGAAUUCGGGAGACUAAAACAGGAUUUCGAUCGCGGCGACCAAUCGUAUCUCUGAUUUUCGAUUAACCCGACCUCCCAGAACUUUUGGAUACAUAAGUAACCGCCUCAAGUGUAAGGAGGACACUAUCGACAGGAGGCGGUGAUCCUCGGAACCGAGGAGGGAGCACACGAAAGGUUGGAUGGUGCCGCGGGUCGGCGCCGUUUGAACCGAUACCGAGGAGGUCGUUGAGAUUUUUCUUCGACCGUGACAGCGAAGAGAGCAAGCCGCGUGAAGAGUUUUCGAUCACGAAGGUAGAAGGGUGGCGCGCCACCCCGAGGAAGUUCGCGGUAAAGGGAGGUGCGAAGGCGACCCGUCACUAUGGGGGUCGCCGACGAUUUCGCGCCAAGCUUCACCCAGAAGCCGCAGCUCAGGCAGGAGGACGACGGGAACCGGUUGAUCUUCGAGUGUCAGCUGGUCAGCGCGCCGAAACCGGAUAUAUCAUGGUUUCGCGGCGAGACGGAGCUAAGCCCGGACGACAGGACCAACUUCCGGAUGCAGAGCAUCGGGACGAACAAGUUCCUGGUCGUUCUGGAGCUAGACGAUGUCAUCGAGACCGACGCUGGCCUCUACAAGGUCAAGGCCAAGAACAAGAUGGGCGAGGUCGCGGCUUCGAUUAACCUUAAUUUCAGCCCCGUCGACGAGCCUAGGGAGAAACAAAUCGACGGCAUCGCGCCAACUUUCGCGAAAAAGCCUGCUAUCAGACAAGAGGACGAUGGUAAACGACUACUUUUCGAAUGUCGCAUCACAGCCGAUCCCACGCCAAAAGUUACGUGGUUUCACGAUGGAAAUAUGGUCAAAGACUCAUCGAGGCAUAAGCUAACCGUCGACAAAGAUGGCCACUCGUACUUCGCGACUCUGGAAAUAAAAAAUGUGACCGUCGAGGAUGCUGGUAAAUACAAGGUCACCGCGAAGAACGAGCUCGGCGAGUCUAACGCCACCAUUUCCUUAAACUUCGACAGCGACGAGGCGCCCGUACCCGACGACGGUAUUAAACCGACCUUCACCGAACGACCGGUAAUAAGGCAAUCCGACGACGGUAACACCAUCACCUUCGAAUGCCGAUUAGUCGGCGAUCCGAAACCGAGUGUCAAGUGGUAUCACGGUACCGACGAGGUGAAAGAAGGAGGAAGAUACACCAUGUCUUUGGAACUCGAUCAGAAGCUCUACCACCUCGCGAGAUUAAAGAUCGAUAACGUGGCGAAAGGCGACGCCGGCGAGUACAGAGCCGUCGCGAAGAACAAGCACGGCCAGGGAGUGGCGACGAUUAAUUUGAACUUCGAGGGGGGUGACAAGCUAAAAAUACCGGACGGUAAGCCGCCGCGUUUUCCGAAGAAACCGACAAUCCGACAGGAGGGCGACAUCUUGAUUAUGGAGUGUAUCCUGGAAGCGCACCCGGUACCGGACAUUACCUGGUACCAAGGACAGAAACCGAUCGCCGACAGCAAACGCGUCAAGAUGUCACGCAAGGCGACCGGCAAGGACACGUAUUUGCUCACGCUCGAGAUCUCGAAUCCGACCAAGGCCGACGGUGGAAAUUACCGAUGCAACGCGUUUAACAACUUUGGCGAGAGUAACGCCAACAUCUCCCUCAACUUCCAAGAAGAAGGACCUGGUUUCGCGCCGACGUUCGUCGAGAAACCGCGUAUCAUUCCGAACGAAACCGGUACCUUGAUCACGAUGAAGUGCAAAUGCAAGGCGAACCCAAAGCCGGAAGUCACGUGGUUCCGCGGGACCAACGUCGUCAAGGAAUCCUCCAAGAUCUCGAUCAAGACGAAGACCGUCGAGGAGGACGUUUACGAAUUAAUCAUGGAGAUCAAGGACCCUUCGGCGCCAGACGGCGGCACAUACAGGUGUCACGUGCAAAACGAAUACGGCGAGAGCAACGCGAAUCUGAACCUGAACAUCGAGGCUGAACCGGAACCGGAAGGCGACGGUCCGACCUUCGUCGAGAAGCCCCGCAUACAGUCGCAAAAUCAGGGCAAACUCGUAAUAAUGGAUUGCAAAGUGAAGGCGAGCCCGAAACCGGAAAUCGUGUGGACCCACGCCGGCCAGGUGGUGAAGGAGUCUUCGAAAAUCUCGAUCAGUAUUAUCCAGGAGAAGGAAGAUAUUUACUAUAUUAAAUUGACCCUGAACGAUCCCGGUCCAGAGGAUUCUGGCUUGUACAAAUGCAACAUCAAGAACGCCCUCGGGGAACUGAACGCCAAUCUUACGCUUAACGUUGAAAUUAUACCUGUGAUUAAGGAGAAACCGAAGGUCGUGAAGAUCGUGAAGAAGAGGACUGUGAUAGUGGAGUGUCACGUUCUUUCCAAGUUCACGCCGGAUUGCACUUGGUUCAAGGAAACGCAAGCCGUAAAGGAGGACACCAGGCACAAAGUGCACGUGGAACAAGUGAAAGAGGGAGAGUUUGCUGUGAAAUUAGAAAUCGAGCAAGUGUCAGCCACCGACAAGGGUAUCUACAAGUUGGUAGCUCGUAACGAGAAGGGUGAAGCAACCUCCCAGGUUGUGGAAGUGACGGAAAUCAUGGAGGAAGGCGAGAAACCAAAGAUCGCGUCCGGUCUCAAGUCCGUGACGAUCGAGGAGGGCAAAUCGAUCGAAUUCGUCGCUAGUCUCUCGAAGCUAGAUCGUAAAGUGACCAUCACGUGGUACAGAGAUUCGACGGUAAUAAAAUCCUCCAAGGACGUUAUGAUAUCCUUUAACGGCACGGAUAUGAAAUUGAACAUUUCGUCCACCACCACUUCGUUCUCUGGAACUUACAAGGUUGUAGUCAGCAAUGAUUUCGGCCAAGACGAAUCGUCCGCUCGACUGGUUGUCAAGAAGAAGGAGGAGGAGGAAGAGGAAGAAAAGAAGAAGAAGAAGGUUGAAAAGAAGGAGGAGGUCAAGGAAGAAAAGAAGGAAGAAAAGAAGGAGGAAAAGAAGGAGGAAAAGAAGGAGGAAAAGAAAGUGGAGAAGAAAGUGGAGAAGAAGGAAGAAAAGAAAGAAGAGAAGGUAAAACUCUCGCCCUGGAGCGACGACGAGGGGGACGAUUACGAGGAAAGUAUCGUCGAGGAGGAGGAGGAAGAAGAGGAUGUGGUGAGUGUAAUCGAAUCCAGCGUCGCGGAGCCAAUUACCGAAGUGCCAGACUCACAAUCAGACACAGUUUCGCAAACAGAGGAUAUACCUGACAACAAACAGAACGGUAUCGACAAACCUGGCCCCAAGAAGAAAUUGGAAGUUCUUCAGAAGAAACCGGAAGAGAAAGCCGUGGAAAAGAAGGAACCGGAAAAGAAACAGGUCGUGAAAAAGCAAGAAGAAAAGAAAGAGGAGACAACGUUAAAAGCGGAGAAAACGGUGUCUCGCAAGCAGUCUAUCAGCAGAGUCGAAGAAUUGCGAACGGAAAGCCGAAGAAGUUCUCUGGUGUCAACCGAGGAAAAGAUUAGCGAAGAUGGCUCCACGACACCGCGACGCUAUUCUUUUCAAAAGACCGAGGAGGAAGUCAAGACGGAAAGCCGGCGAUCGUCCAUCGUUGAGAAGAAGGUGACGGAAGAGAAGAAGAAAGAACCUACCACGAGACGUAGAUCAUCGACAAAAUCAACGGACGGGUCUAAGGAUCACGAACCCAAGUUAGACACAAAACAAAAGGACUCUGUUCCUGAUGAAACAAAGAAGCAGGAGGUCAGCCUUAAAACGAAGACCGUUGGAAAAGAGGAAACGAAGAAGACAGAACCCGCUAAACCACAAACCACUCUCGGUAAACCCGAAGAGCCAAAGAAAGAGGAACUCGCCACGAAAACCAAGACUGCCAUUGGUAAACCCCAAGAACCCAAGAAGGAAGAACCCGUUCCAAAACCCAAAACCACACUUGGUAAACCCGAGGAGGCGAAGAAGGAAGAACCCGUUCCAAAACCCAAAACCACACUUGGUAAACCCGAGGAAGCAAAGAAGGAAGAACCCGCCCCAAAACCCAAAACCACACUUGGCAAACCCGAGGAAGCAAAGAAGGAAGAACCCGCCCCAAAACCCAAAACCACACUUGGUAAACCCGAGGAAGCAAAGAAGGAAGAACCCGCCCCAAAACCCAAAACCACACUUGGCAAACCCGAGGAAGCAAAGAAGGAAGAACCCGCCCCAAAACCCAAAACCACACUUGGCAAACCCGAGGAAGCAAAGAAGGAAGAACCCGCCCUAAAACCCAAAACCACACUUGGCAAACCCGAGGAAGCAAAGAAGGAAGAACCCGCCCUAAAACCCAAAAUCACCCUUGGCAAACCCGAGGAAGCAAAGAAGGAAGAACCCGCCCCAAAACCCAAAACCACCCUUGGUAAACCCGAGGAAGCAAAGUCAGAGUUGCAAGCCAGGAAACUCAGUCUCAAGCCUGGAGCUAAGAUCGAGGAGGAGAAGAAGACAUUGAACAAAGUGGAACUAAAACAACUGACAACGAACACGGCCGAGGAGAAGUCAAGACUUCGUAAACCACCAAAAUACGAAAUUAAAUCCGACAACUUUCAAGCUGUCCAACUAAAGCCAGUUUCCAAGGGGCCUAAAAAGCCUCAGCAGUCUGAAAAUGGCACGGUUGAACUGAAGAAAACCGAGAAGGCCGAGAAGGUCGAAGUGAAGAAGAUGAAGGCUGCCAAGACGGCGAAGGAGAGCACCUACGAGCUUCCAGAGAUCCCGGAUUACGAGAGACCAGUCCUGGAGAAGCCCCAGGAAUUCGAUUUCGGCGAUCGCAUGCCUCGCGACAAAACCAAGCUCGACAGACCGGCCACUCAGAAAUUCGAGUCUAAGCCGAAAGUGCCAGAAAUCAAAGCACCCGAGGCGCCGAAGAUCGAAGUGAUCAAGGACGUGACCCCGGCUGGAAGCAGAAAGGGAUCUCUGAUACCCGGUAGCGGUACCAGCAGUCGACGUGGUUCAUUGAUACCACCCGAAGAAUUGGGUCGCAGACCCAGUCUGAUCAUCAGUGACGAGAAUAGGAAGCUGCGACCAGGCGAGGUGGUGGACGAGCGCAAGUUGGGAAGGUUGCGGCCCGGCGAGGUUUUGGACGCCAAGCGUCGUCGUCCGAGCGCGGACGUUAGAAGACCCAGCGUGGCGGACCUCGAGAAUAAGAUCAAUCAGCCGAGCACACCUCUUCGAGAUGUUGGACCACCGGGACCACCUCAAAUCGUCGAUGUCCAGGAAUCCUAUUCCGCCGUCGAAGACUCGACGGCGUAUCUCACGGUCGGGGUGGAGGGCUCGCCGGCGCCGACCUUCAAGUUCUACAAAGGAAUCACCGAGAUCAUCGAAGGUGGCCGAUUCAAGUUCCUCACGGACACGGAGACCAAUACGAUCACCCUCUGCAUGAGGAAGACGAAGCCCAACGACGAGGGCACUUACAAGAUCGUCGUGAGCAACAUCCAUGGCGAGGACUCCGCCGAAAUGCAACUCUACGUUUCCGACGCCAGUGGAAUGGACUUCCGUGCGAUGCUGAAGAAGAGGAAGUACCAGAAAUGGGCGAGGGAAGAGCAAGAGCAAGAGAAGGUAGACUUGAAGGAGGUGGAGAAACCGAUGCCGACGUUGAAGAAACUGGAUAAGAAACCAGAGAGCUUCCUGAAACCGCUGGUGGACCAGUAUGCCAAGGAGGGCAAAGACAAAAAGGUCGUCUUCGAGGCGAAUUUCACGAAACCGAACUGCAAACCGAAAUGGUUCUUCCGAAAAGACGAACUGUUCCCUUCGGCCAAGUACAAAUUCAAGAACGAAGAGGAUUGCUACCAGCUCAUCAUUCUGAAUCCCAAGGUCGAGGAUACCGGCAAAUACAGUAUCGAAAUUUCAGGAAUUACGAGCACCGGUUUCCUCAAUGUCGAAGAACCGGAUCCAACCUACACGUUCACCAAACCGCUUUCGAAGAAGACGAGCGGUUUCACCAAACACGAAGUACUCAUGGAGUGUACUGUCAGCUCCAAUUUGGCCCAAGUCUCGUGGUACAAAGGAAAAACGAAGCUCGAAGAGGGCGACAUGUACAGCAUGUCGAAGGACAUGUCUGGCGUUUGCAGACUGACUAUAAAGAGUGCCACGCUCGAGGACAGCGGCGAAUAUAUUUGUAAAAUUAACAAACAGACCGACAAGACUGAGACGGUCCUCACUGUCGUUGAGUAUCCUUACAAGUUCGUCAAGGUGCUGAAGCACCAGCAAUUGGUAGAAAAGGAGACUCUAACCCUGUCCUGCCAGUUAGAUGACGCAGGUGGCGAGGUGAAAUGGUUCAAGGGUGACCAAGAGAUCGUUCCCGACAAGAGGGUACAAAUCAAGGAAGAAGGCAGGAAGAGGAAGCUCAUCAUCAAGGAUGUGAAAGUCACUGAUGCUGGCCUCUACUCCUGCGUGAGCAACGCCGACAAGACCGAGGCAGAAAUAAUCAUAAAUUACGCGAAUCGCUUCAACAAGAAGUUGAAGGAUACCGUGGCCGUGGAAAGAGAAAAGUUGGUGCUCGACGUGGAACUUCAAGAUCAAACUGCUCCAGCCGAGUGGAAGUUCAAUGGUGAGCCAAUCGUGGCCAACGAGCGAAUAGAGAUCAAGAAUUUGGGCGGUGGAAAACACCAACUGGUCUUCAACAACGUGGAAAUGACCGACGAUGGUGAGAUCACCUGCGAGAGUGGACAGCUAUCGAGCAGCUGCAAACUCACCGUCAAGAAGGGCGAGAGUAAACCUAUCGUCGAGGUUCCGGACAAGGUCGAAGGUCCUUGCAGCGCACCACUCGUAUUCGUUGUUCCCUUCAAGAUCGAGGGCACGAAACAGAGCCAGGUAGAAGCCAAACUGAUGAAAGAUGGCAAACCGUUGCCGUUGAAGGAAGUCGAGGUGGUCGUAGGCGAGGAUAAGAUCACUUUCAAGAUCAAGAAACCAUCUCGCGAUCAAUCCGGCAUGUAUCAAGUGAAGAUUGGCAACAACCAAGGCGAGGAAGUCAAGGAUGUGAACGUCAACAUGCAAGACGUACCGUCACCACCCACGGACGUCGACGUGAACGAGAUCUUCCAAAACUCCUGCGUGGUGUCCUUCAAACCUUCCAAGGACGACGGUGGAUCACCGAUCACCAAGUACGUGAUCGAACGUCUCGAUCUCAGCUUGAAGUCGCAAUGGGACAGCGUUGGCGAAGUGAUGCCGGGAGAGAAGUGUGUCUACAAAGUUCAGGAUCUGAUCGCGAAGAAGGAGUACAAAUUCCGUAUAAGAGCAGUGAACAAAUUAGGUUCCAGCGAGCCGGCCAUGUUCGCCAAACCGGUCCUCGCGAAAGAUCCAUGGGACGAGCCAGGUAAGCCCACGAACGUGGACGUCACCGACUGGGACAAAGAUCACGCGGACCUGAAGUGGACGAAGCCGGAGAACGAUGGCGGAGCACCGAUCACGGGCUACAUAAUCGAAUACAAAGAAAAGUUCGGCAAGGAAUGGGUGAAGGGCAAAGAGAUCGAGGGUGACGUGACCGAGGCGACCAUCGAUGGUCUCAAGGAGGGCACCCAAUACGAAUUCAGGAUCAGAGCCGUGAACAAAGCCGGUCCUGGCGAACCUUCCGACGCCACGAAACCGAUCAUAGCCAAGAGCCGAUUCGUCAAGCCGUACAUCGUUGGCGAUGGUCUGACCAAUCUCAUAGUGAAGAAGAGCCAAGUUAUCAAAUACGAUAUUAAGUACGCUGGCGAACCAGAACCGGAAGUGCAUUGGUUCCUGGGAGACAAGGAGCUCGUCCAAGACUCCGCUGAAAGGAUCACGAUCGACAAAUACGAGAGGAACACUGUCCUCACGGUGAGGAAGACCACCAGACCGGAUUCCGGAAAGUACAAACUGGUUCUAUCGAACAGCUCAGGCACCUGUGAGAGCAUCGCUGACGUUGUUGUUCUAGACAAACCGGCGAAACCAACCGGACCGCUGAAAGUGGAGGAGGUGCGUUCCGACCAUGUGAAAGUAAAAUGGCAGAAACCCGCGGACGAUGGAGGUACAGAAAUUACUGGGUACGUUCUGGAGAAAAUGGACAUGGACACAGGACGAUGGGUUCCCGCUGGAGAGGUUGGACCCAAUGAAGACAACUUCACCUUCAGCGGCCUGACUCCCAAGAAGAAGUACAAGUUCAGGGUAAAGGCAGUCAACAAGGAGGGCGAGUCCGAGCCAUUAGAGGUGGAUGAACCCAUCCUUGCCAAGAAUCCUUACGACGAGCCUGGCAAGCCUAGCAAGCCGGAAAUAUUUGACUACGACAACGUCAGCGUGUCCCUGAAGUGGGAGAAGCCAGAGACCGACGGUGGAAGACCGAUCACUCACUAUACCGUCGAGAUGAAGGACAAAUUUGCGGUGGAUUGGGUCGAAGUAACGAAAACUGCCGAUGCUAACCCGGAGGCGAAGGUGGAGGGUUUGAAAGAGAAGAUGAUUUAUCAGUUCCGAGUCCGCGCCCACAACAAAGCGGGCCCUGGCCAGCCCAGCGAGCCCACGGACAACCAUCUUUGCAAGCACAAGAAUCUGAAACCGAGGAUCGACAGGAGCAACUUCAAAUCGAUAAUCAUAAAAGCUGGUCGCACGCAUAAGUGGUCGGUCGACAUCACCGGUGAACCGCCACCAGAAGUCAAAUGGAUUUGGAGGGACAACAUCCCCCUGACCAACACCGAACGGAUCAAGAUCGAGAACGUCGAUUAUCACACAGACUUCACGAUAGUGAACGCGAUGCGCAAGGACACUGGAAAGUACACCCUCAUCGCUGAGAACGCCAAUGGCAAGGACGAGGAGACUGUGGAACUCACGGUUCUCGGAAAGCCGGACGCGCCUAAGGGACCGUUGCAAGUGACGGACGUGACCGCCACAUCGGCCAAAGUGAAAUGGGAGAAACCGGAAGACGAUGGCGGUGUACCGAUCAAGGAGUACGAAAUCGAGAAGCUGGACACGAAGACGGGCAAAUGGGUCAGAGUGGGAAAGGUCCCUGGAAACUCGCCGUUGACGGAGUUCGAGGUGACUGGAUUGAAUCCUGGCAGCGAGUACAAAUUCCGCGUCACCGCGGUUAACGACGAGGGCGAUUCCGAGCCUCUCGAGAGCGAACGCCCGAUCAUCGCUAAAAAUCCAUUUGACGAGCCCCACAAACCUGGAACACCAGAGAUCACCGAUUACGACAACGAGUCCAUAAGCUUGAAGUGGACUCCUCCUGAUUUCGAUGGCGGAGCGCCGAUCGAAAAGUACAUAAUCGAAAAGAAAGAUCGCUAUAAGCCGGAUUGGGAGAAAGCGAUGGAGGUUCCUGGUAACCAGCUCGAAGCUAAAGUGGCCGACUUGAAGGAACGAGGAGAGUAUCAGUUCAGAAUUAUCGCUGUGAACAAAGCUGGACAGUCUCCGCCGUCAGACGCGUCGAGAAUGCAGAUAUGCAAGCACAAAGCUCUGAAACCGAGGAUCGAUCGUACAAACUUGAAACCCAUCACUGUACGGGCUGGCAAGAUGAUCAAAUACGACGUGGAUGUGAAGGGUGAACCGCCUCCAGAAAUCACAUGGUACCACGCCAAUAUGGCGGUCAAGUCCGGUGAAAAUAUCGAGAUCGUUAACGUCGACUAUAACACCAAGAUUACUAUUAGCGAUUGCGUCCGUAAAAACACCGGAGUGUGGAAAAUCAAGGCUGUGAAUCCUCAUGGCGAGGACGAGGCCGAAGUCGAGGUCACGAUACUUUCGGCUCCUGGAAAACCAAAGGGUCCUCUGAAGGUAUCGGACGUGACGAAGGGCGGCUGCAAGCUCAAAUGGGGCAAACCGGAAGACGACGGUGGCAAACCCGUUACCGGCUACCAAGUCGAGAAACUCGACAAGGCCACUGGAAGAUGGGUACCGGUUGGACGAACCUCGGACACCGAAAUGGACAUCAAAGGUCUCCAGGAAGGCCACGAGUACGAAUUCAGGGUGAAAGCCAUCAACGAAGAGGGUGAAUCCGAACCACUGGUCACCGACAGCACGACUCUUGCAAAGAAUCCUUAUGACGUAGCCAGUAAGCCUGGUGUACCAGAAUUCGAGGAUUGGGACGUGGACCGCGUCGAUCUGAAGUGGGAACCACCGAAAAACACUGGAGGCGCGGCCAUUACGGGUUACAUUAUCGAAAUGAAAGAGAAACCGUCCACACAAUGGCAGGAAGCCACGGUGACCGAUUCGCCGCAACCGAAAGGUCGGGUUACCGGUCUGAAAAAGGGCUCGGUUUACCAAUUCCGUGUUCGCGCUGUUAACAAGGCUGGACCAUCGGAGCCUAGCGAUUCGACCAAGCCACACGUCGCCAAGGCACGAUACUUGAAACCACACAUCAACCGCGACAAACUGCAGCCCAUAAAGGUGAGAGCAGGUCAAUCGGUGCGACUGGAGGUUGACGUCGAAGGUGAACCGCCACCAACCGUCACUUGGAACUUCGCUGGCGCGGUUCUGCAAACCGGAGCGAACGUCAAGAUCGACAACGAAGAUUAUCUGACAAAGAUCCACCUGACCGAUACCAGUCGCAAGUACAGCGGCAAAUACACCAUCAAAGCGGUGAACGAUUCCGGUCAGGACGAGGCUGACGUCGAGAUAACCAUCCUCGACAGGCCUGGAAAGCCCGAGGGUCCGCUGGAGGUGACGGACGUCCACAAAGAGGGAUGCAAGCUGAAAUGGAACAAACCGAAAGACGAUGGCGGUUUGCCUCUGUCCAGCUAUGUGAUCGAGAAGAUGGACGCGACCACUGGUCGUUGGGUACCCGCUGGUAUCAUCGAUCCUGAGAAAACGGAGCACACGAUCACCGGUUUGGAACCUGGACACAAGUAUGAAUUCCGUAUAAAGGCGGUGAACGAGGAGGGCGAAUCGGAACCUCUGCAGACGGACGCUGCUAUCGUCGCUAAAAAUCCAUAUGAUGUACCUGCCGCUCCUGGCCUGCCGGAGAUCGUCGACUGGUCGGAGAACAUGGUCAAACUUAAGUGGGAACCGCCCAUAAGAGAUGGUGGUGCACCCAUCAGCGGAUACAUUAUCGAAAUGAAAGAUAAACUUGGAACAACUUACGUGAAGGCCGCAGAAGUCGAAGGGCCGAAAUGUGUUGGAACUGUAACCAGAUUGGUAGAAGGAAAUCAGUAUCAGUUCAGAGUCAGGGCCGUUAAUAAAGCUGGUCCUGGAGAACCUAGCGAGCCUACCAACCCCCACACUGCCAAGGCUCGUUGGUUGAAACCAUUCAUCGACCGCACCAAUCUGCAACCAAUAACGGUGAAAGUUGGCCUGACGAUGACCCUAGAUGUAAACAUCAUCGGAGAACCUCCCCCAAGCGUGACCUGGUUCAUCCAAGACAAAGAACUCGUGUCCGACGACACGAUACGUAUCGAUAACAUCGAUUACAAUACCAAAUUUGUCAUGUUGAAAGCCAAACGAGUUCACACCGGAAAGUACACCAUCCAUGCGAAGAACGAAGUGGGCGAAGACAAGGCUGACGUCGAAAUACUGGUCAUCGGUAAACCGACCAAGCCUAAGGGUCCUCUGGAAGUGUCCGACGUGAACAAGCACGGUUGCAAACUGAAGUGGGAGAAACCGGACGAUGACGGUGGUGUGCCGAUCGAAUACUACGAAAUCGAGAAGUUGGAUCCUCUGACUGGACAAUGGAUACCGUGUGCAAAGUCCGUAGAACCGGAAGUCACGGUGACCGGCCUCCAGGAGGGCAAACCCUACAAGUUCCGUGUGAAGGCGGUGAACAGAGAGGGUGAAUCCGACGAACUGGAAACGGAGAAGUCUAUCGUAGCCAAGAAUCCAUUCGACGAACCUGGCAAGCCUGGACGUCCAGAAAUUAAGAACUGGGACAAGGACUUUGUCGAUCUCGAAUGGACGCCACCCAAGGACGACGGCGGUGCGCCCAUCGAGAAGUACAUUAUCCAGAUGAGAGACAAGGAAGGAAGGCAGUGGAUAGACGUUGCAAAGGUUCUGGGAGAUCGCAACGUCGCCAAGGUCACCGAUGGUAUCGAGGAAGGUCACGAGUACGAGUUCAGAGUGGUCGCGGUGAACAGAGCAGGACCUGGGGAACCUAGCGACACUUCGAAGAGCGUUGUCGCCAAACCACGGUUCUUGGCUCCACGCAUCGACCGCAAAAAUCUACAGAAGAAAGUCAUGCGAGUGGGACAGAUGCUACGAAUGGAGGCGGACGUGCAAGGUGAACCGCCACCAGCCAUCACGUGGAUGCUCAAAGACACCGUGCUGAAGAGCAUGGAACGACUCAAGAUCGAGAACGAAGAGUACCACACCACAUUCAUAAUAACCAAAUGCCAGAGAUCCGAUACUGGAACGUACACGGUUAUCGCCAAGAACGACAGUGGCACCGACCAAGUGGACGUUGAGAUCCAGGUGUUGAGCAAACCCAGCAAACCGAAAGGUCCGCUCGAAGUGUCGGACGUGACUGCAGAGGGAUGCAAAUUGAAAUGGGACAAACCGGACGACGAUGGCGGUGAGCCAAUAGAUCACUACGUGGUCGAAAGGAUGGACGUGGAUACAGGAAGGUGGGUGCCCUGUGCCACGAGCAAAACUCCGGAAGCGGACGUUACUGGUCUCAACGAAGGCAAGGACUAUCUGUUCCGAGUGAAGGCUGUCAAUUCUGAGGGCGAAUCCGAGCCCUUGGAAACGGCUAUCCCCACCACAGCAAAGAAUCCUUACACCGAGCCCGACGCGCCCAGCAAGCCAGAUCUGAAAGACUGGUCCAAACACCACGUGGACCUGAAAUGGAAAGCUCCAAAGAACGACGGUGGAGCACCGAUCGAGAAGUACAUAAUCGAGAAGAAAGAUCAAUACGGUAAAUGGCAGAAGGCGGCUGAAGUUCCUGGAAACAAAACGGAGGGCCGUGUAGAGGAUCUGGUGGAAGGACAGAAGUACCAAUUCCGCGUGAAGGCGGUGAACAAAGGUGGACAGAGCAAGCCUAGCGAGCCUAGCGACAGCUUGGUCGCCAAGGAUCGCUACGCAGCGCCGAAGAUCGAUCGCACGAACUUGAAGGACAUCACGCUCAAAGCCGGAAACCACAUCCGUCUGGACGUGAAAGUGUCCGGUGAACCGCCACCGACGAAAACGUGGUACCUCAACAAAGCCAAGCAGGAGUCUGGUGGCGUUCUGACGAUCGAGCUGGAAGAUUACAGGACGAAAUUCAUAGUGUCGUCGACCUCCAGAGCUCACUGCGGCACUUUGACCCUGAAAGCAGAGAACAGCUCCGGAAAGGACGAAGCUUCGAUCGAAGUUUUGGUGCUGGACAAGCCGGGCAAACCGGAAGGUCCUUUGAAAGUGUCCGACGUGCACAAGGAGGGAUGCACCCUGAAAUGGAACCCACCGUUGGACGACGGUGGCACGCCAUUGGAUCACUACGUGGUCGAGAAAAUGGACACGGAGACGGGAAGGUGGAUACCCGUGGGACGAACGAAGGAACCCAACAUGGUCGUGGAGAAUCUGGCGCCUGGCCAAGAAUACAAAUUCCGAGUUUCCGCCGUGAACGCGGAGGGCGAAUCGGAACCCUUGGAGACGGAUCAUGGAAUCGUGGCGAAGAAUCCAUUUGACGAACCAGGCCCGCCUGGCCGCCCAGAGGCAACCGAUUGGGACAAGGAUCAUAUAGACCUAAGAUGGACUCCACCAUUGAGCGAUGGUGGAUCUCCAAUCACCGGAUACGUGAUCGAGAAGCGCGAAAAAGACAGUCCGCGAUGGAUAAAGGCUCUCGAAACCGGACCUGAGUGCAAGGGACGCGUCGACAAUCUCGACGAGGGCGUCGAGUACGAGUUCCGCGUCAAGGCCAUCAACGCCGCUGGUCCUGGUGAACCAUCGGACACCAGCAAACCCAUCACAGCCAAGAGUAGACGACUUCCACCGAAGAUCGACCGAAAGAACUUGCGCGACAUUACGGUACGCGAGAACGAAGGAUUCCACUUCGACGUUAAGAUCAUCGGUGAACCGCCACCGGACGUCACCUGGGUGCUCAACAACAAGAGCAUUCAGGUGACGACUUUCCGUCGUAUUCAGAAUGUUCCGUACAACAGCAAGUUCUAUAAUGACAAACCCGAGCGCAAGGACAGCGGUAUAUACAAGAUCACGGCGGUGAAUCAGCACGGUUCUGACACCGCCGAGGUUGAAGUCACCGUUGUCUCCAAGCCUGGCAAACCCGAGGGCCCGCUCGAAGUGUCGGACAUCCACAAAGAGGGAUGCAAACUGAAGUGGAACAAACCGAAAGACGAUGGCGGGGAACCUAUCGAGGGAUACCUCGUGGAGAAGUUCGAUCCAGACACUGGCGUCUGGUUACCAGUUGGCAAGACUACAGGGCCGGAGAUGAAAGUAGAAGGACUGACACCUGGACACGAGUACAAGUUCAGAGUGAAGGCGCUUAACAAGGAAGGAGAGUCGGAGCCUCUGGAGACUUUCAGCUCGAUCGUGGCCAAGGAUCCGUUCACCGUCCCAAGCCCUCCGGGAGCACCGGAACCGGUCGAUUGGACCGCCAAUCAGGUUGAACUGAAUUGGAAGGAACCGGUCAGCGACGGAGGAUCACCAAUUACCGGAUACAUUGUCGAGAAGAAAGACAAAUACAGCACGAUGUGGGAGAAAGCUCUGGAAAUCGAGACACCAUCUACCAGGGCUAUCGUCCACGGUCUCAUCGAGGGCAAUGAUUACCUGUUCCGUGUGAUUGCUGUGAACAAGGCCGGCCAAUCAGAGCCUGGCGACUCCAGCAAGACAUUCACGGCUAAACCACGAUUUUUGGCACCCAAGAUCGAUCGACGUAAUCUGCGGGAUGUCACUCUGUCGGCCGGAUCGUUGCUGAGAUUCGAUGCAAACGUGAUCGGUGAACCGCCACCACACAUCGAUUGGCGAUACGGCGCGAUACCACUGCACUCCGACAGAAAAGUGCAGAUCGACAACACGGAGUACAGCACCAAGUUCAGUAUUCGUCCAGUGUCUCGCGACGACAGCGGCGAUUACACGGUCACUGCCAUCAAUUCGUCCGGAAGGGAUUCGGUGACCGUACAGGUCGUCGUCACGGACAAACCGAUGCCACCGGAAGGACCGUUGCAAGUCUCGGACGUUCACAACGAAGGAUGCAAACUGAAAUGGAAGAGGCCGAAAGACGACGGAGGCACCCCUAUCGAAUACUAUCAGGUGGAAAAGUUGGACCCGGAGACUGGAUGUUGGGUCUCGUGUGGCCGAUCCACCGAACCUAACUUGGAGGUGACUGGACUGACACCGGGCAAGGAAUACUUGUUCCGCGUUAGCGCAGUGAACGCAGAGGGAGAGUCGAAGCCCUUGGAGGCGGAGCAAGCUAUUCUAGCCAAGAAUCCAUUCGACGAACCGGGCAAGCCGGGUGAUCUCCGAGCCACCGACUGGGACAAGGACCACGUCGACCUGGCUUGGACCCCGCCUACAAACGAUGGAGGAUCACCGGUUACCAGCUACAUAAUCGAGAAGAAAGAUAAAUACGGCGAAUGGGAGAAAGCCAUCGAAGUACCGGCGGACGAGACAUCCGCCACUGUCCCCGACUUAAUAGAAGGCCAACCGUACGAAUUCCGUGUACGAGCUGUGAACAAAGCUGGCCCCGGCGAGCCAUCGGAUCCGACGCCAACGAUCAUUGCCAAGCCGCGAAACCAAGCGCCCAGGAUCGACCGUACGAACUUGGUGGAGGUCAGAAUCAAGGCUGGUCAGAACUUCAGCUACGACGUGAAGGUUACCGGCGAGCCACCGCCAACCACGAGAUGGACUCUGAACAAACGAGAGGUCAGGCCCACGGACCGUAUCAAGGUGAAGCACGUGGACUACAAUACAACUUUGAGCGUCAGAAAUGCCACCAGAGCAGACUCUGGCAAAUACGUGCUCACUGCUGAGAACAUAAACGGUACCGACGAGGAGAUCGUCAAGGUGACCGUCUUGGACAAGCCUAGUCCGCCUCAGGGACCGCUCAGAGCCUCCGACGUGCACGCUGAAGGAUGCAAAUUGAACUGGAAACCACCGGAAGACGAUGGCGGGCAGCCAAUCGAUAAGUACGUCGUGGAGAAGAUGGACGAAAUAACCGGACGCUGGGUACCUGCUGGAGAAACCGACGGACCAGCCACGUCUCUCGACGUGGAAGGUCUUACUCCGGGUCACAAGUACAAAUUCAGGGUCAGGGCUGUUAACAAGCAAGGCAAAUCGGAGCCGCUCGCGGCGAUGCAAAGCGUCGAGGCGAAAAAUCCAUUCGACGAACCAGGAAAGCCUGGCACACCAACCGUCAGCGACUACGACACGGACUUCGUCGAGCUCCAAUGGGAUCGUCCUCACGAGGACGGUGGUUCACCCAUUACCGGUUACAUAAUAGAGAAACGAGACAAAUAUAGCCCGAGUUGGGAGAAGUGCGCGGAAGUUGAGGGCGACGUGAACCGCGGAAGGGUCAACGACCUCGUCGAAGGCACCCACUACGAAUUCCGCGUCAGGGCAGUCAACAAAGCUGGUCCCGGCGAACCCUCGGACGCUUCCAAGUCGCACUUGGCGCGACCCAAGAACCUUCCACCAAAGAUCGACAGGAAGUACAUGCUGGACGUGAAAGUGAAGGCGGGUGGUUUCUACGACUUCGACGUUCCAGUGAUCGGCGAGCCGCCUCCGAGCAAAACGUGGACGUUGAAGGGCUCGGUGGUGAUGGCGAACGAGCGUAUUAAGAUCACGAACGAGGACUAUAACACGAAGGUCCGCGUGAUGGAAGCCAGACGUUCGGAUUCCGGCGUCUACACGCUAGAAGCGAAGAACAUCAACGGUAGGGACGUCGCCACUCUGAACGUGAACGUCCUGGACGUACCAUCGCCGCCGGAAGGACCGUUAAAGAUCGAUGGCAUAACGAAGAACGGCUGCAACCUGAAAUGGCGACCACCGAAAGACGACGGUGGUUCAGAGAUCCAGUAUUACCAAGUGGAGAAGAUGGACACGGAGAACAUGCGCUGGGUACCGGUGGCGGAGGCCACGUCGACUUCCGCUCACGUGGAUCACCUGAUCGAGGGACACGAUUACCAGUUCCGCGUGCGUGCCGUGAACAAGCAAGGAGAGUCUAUGCCACUCACUGGCAUGGACACCAUCACCGCCAAGGAUCCUUACGACAAACCGGACAAACCUGGAGCACCGGUCGCCACCGACUGGGACAAGGAUCACAUCGACUUGGAAUGGGCACCGCCCAAGAAAGACGGUGGAUCGCCAAUCACCGGAUACAUCAUCGAGAAGAAACCGCGAUUCGGAAGUUGGGAGAAGGCCGUAGAAGUGGAGGGCAACAAACCGAGCGUCAGGGUCCCCGACCUAGUCGAGGGACAGGAAUACGAGUUUAGGGUAAUCGCCGUCAACAAGGCUGGCCCUAGCGAACCUUCCGAAGCUUCCCUGCCUAUAGUCGCGAAACCACGAUUCCUUGCUCCAUCAUUCGACCCUCACGCAUUGAGCGACUUGGUCGUAAAAGCUGGACAGAAGAUCAGCUACAUCAUUCCAAUCCAGGCAUCGCCCAAACCUACAGCCACGUGGACCUUGGACGGAGCGAUAAUCAUGGCCGAUUCUCGCCACGAAAUGUACACUACCAAUACAGAGACCACCUUCGAGAUCCAGUUCUCCGUUCGCUCAGAUACUGGUCGAUACGCUUUGACUUUGGAGAACGAACACGGAAAGUUCAGCGCGAACGCGAGAGUUACGGUCCUGGACAGGCCCUCGCCGCCCCAGAAGCCGCUCGAGAUCACCAACAUCACCAAGGAGGGUUGCCACUUGGCCUGGAGACAUCCUCUGGACGACGGAGGCAGUCCCAUCUUGCACUACGUCAUCGAGAAGAUGGACUUGUCUCGAGGCACCUGGUCCGACGCUGGCAUGAGCAUGGUGUUGAGCCACGAAGUUGCUAGGCUGACGCAUCGCAAGGAAUAUUUGUUCCGCGUGAAAGCCGUCAACACUAUUGGAGAAUCUGAUCCGCUCGAGGCAUCCAAGAGCAUCGUAGCUAAGAACGAAUUCGACGAGCCUGAUGCUCCUGGAAGACCACAGAUAACAGAUUGGGACAGAGACCACGUCGAUCUGCAAUGGCCAGCACCUACCAGCGACGGUGGUUCCCCGAUCACCGAGUACAUCGUCCAGAAGAAAGAAAAGGGUAGCCCUUACUGGGUGAACGCGGUCCACGUUCCUGCGAAACAGACGAACGCCACCGUCCCCGAUCUGACGGAAGGACAGGAAUACGAGUUCCGUGUGAUCGCUGUGAACGCUGCUGGACAAUCAGAACCAUCUGAACCUAGCGAUCUCGUCACCGCCAAGCCUCGUUACCUGGCACCGAAGAUCAAGACGCCGUUGCAAGACAUUCGAAUCAAGGCAGGACUCAUCUUCCACGUCGACAUCGAUUUCGUCGGCGAACCCACGCCGGAAGUUACUUGGACCGUUGGAAGCAAGGAGGUGCAGACCACCGACAGGACAACCGUUACAUCGAUCGGUUACCACACCAUCGUCCACACGGUGAACGCCCAGAGGUCCGAUUCCGGACUGUAUCACUUGUUGCUGAAGAACAGCAGCGGCAUAGACGAGGGUAGCUUCCAGGUGAUCGUUCUCGACAGGCCAGGACCGCCAGAGGCUCCUCUGGAGUACGAGGAGAUCACCAGCCAAUCGGUCACGUUGUCUUGGAAGCCGCCCAAGGACAAUGGCGGUAGCGAGAUCACUGGAUACGUGAUCGAAAAACGCGAUCUGACCCACGGUGGUGGCUGGGUUCCAGCUGUAACUCACGUCAAUCCGAAAUACAAUCACGCCACGGUUCCAAGGUUGCUCGAAGGUACCACCUACGAGUUCAGAGUAUCCGCUGAGAACCUUCAGGGACGUUCCGAACCAUUGACCACCGACCGGUCGAUCGUCGCCAAGAACCAAUUCGUCGCUCCCGGUCAGCCUGGCAAACCGGAAUGCGUCGACGCGGACAAAGAUCACAUCAAGAUCAGGUGGGCGGCACCGAUCAGCAACGGUGGAUCGAAGAUCAUCGGUUACGACGUGGAGCGUCGCGAUCGGGCAACCGGUCGCUGGCUCAAAAUAAACAAAGAGCCUGUCAGGUACGCAGAGUACUACGACGACCACGUAACCGAGGGCCAUCAGUACGAGUACCGUGUCACGGCCAUAAACGCCGCUGGGUCCGGAAAGCCCAGCGACACUUCCGCGGUCUUCAUCGCGAAACCGAUGAAGGAGAAGCCCAAGUUGAAUCUCGACGCGCUUAUCGGACGCAAGAUCAAAGUCCGUGCCGGAGAACCGAUUAAUGUUAACAUUCCACUGACCGGUGCGCCGACUCCAACCAUCGAAUGGACCAAGGACUCUAGGCCUCUCUUGGAGACUCUUCGAAUAACGACCGAAACGAAGAGCGACCGUACGAACUUGUCCAUCGAGAAAUCGGUCCGCGAAGAUGGCGGACUGUACGUGAUCACAGCAUCGAACGAGCACGGAAGAGACUCGGCGGAUAUCGAGGUGAUCGUCGUCGACAGGCCUGGACCUCCUCAGGGUCCGCUCCAAUACACCGGCACGACUCAAGAUACCGUGUCUCUGUCUUGGAACAAACCUCUGGACGACGGUGGAUCCGACAUCACCAACUACAUCGUCGAAGUGUCGGACUACGGAGCCGAUAAUUGGCGACAGACGCCUGGAUACUGUCCGCGAACCAGCUACACUGCCAAAGGACUCACCGAGGGCAAGAAAUACGUGUUCAGGGUGCGAGCAGAGAAUAUGUAUGGAGUAUCUGAACCCUUGGAAGGGAAACCAGUCAUCGCCAAGAGCCCGUACGAUCCUCCAGACGCGCCCAGCCAACCCGAAAUCCUUGGAUACACCCCCAACAGUUGCAGUCUCUUCUGGAACCCGCCCCUCAAUACCGGUGGCAAGCCUAUCACUGGAUAUUACGUGGAACGUCGCGAACGUGGUGGCGAAUGGCUUAAGGUCAACAACUAUCCAACCCCGAACACAACGUUCACGGUGCAGGACUUGCACGAGGGUUCCAAAUACGAGUUCAGAGUCAUCGCUGUCAACGAAGCCGGACCUGGCAAGCCCAGCAAGCCUACCGAACCGAUUACUGCUGGACACCAACGUUUGCGUCCUGAUGCUCCCGAACCACCCAAGCCCGACAGAAUCACCAAGGAUUCCGUAACUCUGAGCUGGCGUCCUCCGCGCAGCGACGGCGGUGCCAAGAUAAGAGGAUACAUUAUCCAAAUGAAGACCAGACACCAAGACGCGUGGGACGACGUGAAUGGUGCACUGAUACCCACGAACGUUUACACGGUACCGAAGCUCACGGAGGGCGAGGAAUACCUCUUCAGGGUGAUCGCCGUGAACGACGUAGGCAACAGCGACCCGAGCAGACAGAGCAAUCCGAUCGUCAUCGAGGAACAGCCCAACAAACCCGUCAUGGACCUCGGCGGAGUUCGCGACAUCACCGUUCGCGCUGGAGAAGACUUCUCCAUUCAUGUGCCCUACAUCGGCUUCCCCAAACCCACCGCCACCUGGUUCGCCAACGACGUCAUCAAGGACGAAACGGACUCGCGCGUGCACCAACAGCUGGCUGACGACUUUGCUAGUCUCGUGGUGAAGAAUUCAAAACGUUCGGACGGUGGACAGUACCGUCUGCAAUUGCGUAAUUCUUCCGGCUUUGACACGGCCACGGUGAACGUUAAAGUUCUCGACAGACCUAAUCCACCGGUGAACCUUCACGCCGACGAAUUCGGCGGAGAUGCGCUCACGCUGUUCUGGAACCCGCCGAAAGACAAUGGCGGUGCAGACAUCACCAACUACGUCGUCGAGAAGAGAGAACCUAAGGGAACUUGGUCCAAGGUGAGCAGCUACGUCACAACACCAUUCGUUCGAGUGAGGAACCUGACUGUUGGAAGCGUCUACGAGUUCCGAGUGAUGGCUGAGAACCAGUAUGGCACCUCCGAUCCGGUCACAACGAUGGAUCCGAUCAAGGCCAGACAUCCGUUCGAUCCACCAGGUGCGCCUGGAACACCAAGAGGCGUCGAGACGACGGAAGACAGCAUCACGAUUACUUGGACGAAGCCUCGUCACGAUGGAGGAUCACAUAUUCUUGGAUACGUAAUCGAGAAACGUCUAUUGAGCGAAGAUAAGUGGACGAAAGCCACCCCGUCUCUCGUUCACGAGACUACUUACAGAGUGACUGGGCUCAUCGAAAACCACGAUUACGAGUUCCGUGUUGCGGCCGAAAAUGCUGCCGGCCGUGGACCGUGGAGUUCCAAUUCUGACGUGAUCAGGGCCAGUGCACAACCUUUCCCACCGAGGAUCACGUCCGACCUCAGCAUCCGCGACAUGACCGUGAUCGCCGGAGAACCGUUCACGAUAACAGUUCCGUUCAAUGCGAACCCAAGGCCAAGGCCAAGCUGGUCCAUCAACGGCGAAGAGGUUCUCACUGGAGACAGGAUCAAGUUCGACACCACGGACGUUGCUUCGCAAUUCAUCAACAAGAAGGCUAAGAGAUCCGAUACGGGAACUUACACGAUCUAUCUCACGAACACUGUCGGCACAGACUCUGCUUCGUGCAAGGUUCUCGUUGUCGAUAAACCAUCCCCGCCGCAAGGUCCUCUGGACAUUUCCGAUAUCACCCCGGAGACUUGUUCACUGUCCUGGAAACCACCCCUCGACGAUGGUGGUUCACCUAUCACGAACUACAUCGUCGAGAAGUUCGACCCGGCUGGCUACUGGGCGAAGCUGAGCAGUUUCGUAAGGAACACCCAUUACGACGUGUUCGGCCUGGAACCAAAUCGCAAGUACAACUUCCGUGUCCGCGCGGAGAACCAAUACGGAAUAUCGGAGCCGCUGCAGGCUGACGAACCGAUCACCGCCAAAUUCCCAUUCACGGUGCCAGACUCACCUGGACAGCCACGCGUCAUCGACUGGGACACCUCGAACGCCACUGUGGUGUGGACCAGGCCAAUAUCCGACGGUGGUUCGCGCAUUCAGGGUUACAAGAUCGAAUUCCGCGACCCCGCGGAUGACGCCCAAUGGCGAGUGGCGAACGACUACCUGGUCAAGGACACCACUUACAUUUGCUAUAAUCUUAUGAGCGGACACGAGUACGAGUUCAGGAUAAGGGCGAAGAACGCGGCUGGUUUCAGCAAACCCAGCCCACCCUCGGCGCCGUUCAAGCUGAAGAGCAAGUUCAACGUGCCCUCGCCACCUGGCACGCCUCAGGUGGUCAAGGUCGGCAAGAACUACGUUGACCUGAAAUGGGAAGCACCGGUUUCCGACGGCGGUAGCCGUAUCACCGGUUACGUGAUCGAGAAACGAGAAGUCGGAAGCGCCUUAUGGGCCAAAUGCAACGAGUACAACGUCACCGACACGGAGUACACCGUUAUGCACCUGAUCGAGCGCGGUGACUACGAAUUCCGAAUAUUCGCGGUGAACGCCGCUGGAAGGUCGGAACCGAGCUCGUGCACCACUCCCGUCAAGGUCUGCGAGGUCGUGGGUGGCGAGAAACCAGAGUUCGUCAGGACUCUGCCUGUCAGCCAGAUCAUGCCCCUUGGCAAGACUCUUGUGUUCGAGUGCGAAGCCACUGGAAAUCCUCUGCCGACAGCCAGGUGGCUGAGAAACGGCAGGGAGAUCACCAUUGGUGGUCGUUUCCGCGCAGAGGCGUUCGACGGAAUUUACAGGCUCGUCAUAUCCGAAGUUAUGGCUGCCGACGAUGGCGAUUACAGCUGCCAGGUCUCGAAUCCGCUCGGCACAGCCACGACCACGUCCAGAUUGAAGAUCGGUUCGCCGCCUCGUAUCGAACGCAUGCCAGACGAUCUGUACCUGGCCGAGGGCGACAACACGAAGAUCAAGAUCUACUACAGCGGCGACCAGCCCAUGGAAAUCCUCCUGAAGAAGGACGGUCACAAGAUCGACGAGACGCCGCACAUCAAGUACACGGUGUUCGACGAGUACCUCAUCAUCUUCAUCAAGGACAUUCAGAAGGACGACGCUGGUACAUACAAUCUCUCGAUCUCGAACGACAGCGGCAGCGUGAGCGGUUCGUUCAACGUGUACAUCACCGGGUUACCCGGACCACCCACUGGACCCCUGGACGUCACGGACAUCGACAAGCACACUUGCACCCUGUCGUGGCAUCCUCCGAAGGUCGACGGUGGUCUCCGUGUCACACACUACGUGGUCGAGCGUCGCGACGUGAGCCACACUCACUGGAUUACCAUCUCGUCCUUCUGCAAGGACACCUCGUUCAUGGUGCAAGGGCUGACCGAGGGACAGGAGUAUCUGUUCCGUGUGAUGGCCGUGAACGACAACGGAAUGGGACCGCCGCUGGAGGGAACGAACCCCAUCAAGGCGAAGGCACCGUUCGAUCCUCCUGGUCCACCGGGAACGCCCAAGGUCACCGAGGUGGGAGGCGACUUCGUGAACCUCUCUUGGGAGAGACCCGAGUCGGACGGUGGCUCCAGGAUCCAAGGCUACUGGAUCGACAAGCGCGAGGUCGGCAGUCAGACAUGGCAGCGCGUGAACGUCGCCAUUUGCCUCCCAACGCAGAUCAACAUCUCCAACCUGAUCGAGGGCAGGCAAUACGAGUUCCGCGUGUUCGCACAGAACAUUGCCGGCGUAGGACCCGAGUCCAAGGCCUCCACGUCGGUGAAGAUCACGGAUCCACAGGCGGCCAAGCCUCCGGAGGUGAUUCAACCCCUGCACAAGGUCAACUGCGUGCAGAACCACAACGCAACGUUCACGUGCAAGAUCAUCGGCACCCCGAAACCGACCAUCACGUGGUUCAAGGGCGCUCGAGAGAUCGUCAGCGGAUCCAGGUACAACAUCUACUCGGAGGGCGACGUGCACAACCUGAUAAUCCACGACGUGUUCGGCGAGGACGCGGACGAGUACUUCUGUCGGGCGGUGAACAAGUGCGGAGUCAAGUCGACCAAGGGCGAGCUCCUGAUCAAGACGCCGCCGAAGCUGAACGUACCCCCAAGGUUCAGAGACACCGCCUUCUUCGACAAGGGCGUGAACGUGGUCAUCAAGAUCCCGUUCACCGGCUACCCGAAGCCCAAGAUCACCUGGGUGAGGGAGGGCGAGACCAUCGAGUCCGGCGGACACUACACCGUCGAGGUGAAGGAAAGACACGCCGUGUUGACGAUCAUAGACGGAACUCGAAUCGACUCCGGACCGUACCGCAUCACCGCGGAGAACGACCUCGGCCAGGACACCGCGAUCAUCAAGAUCCAGAUCAGCGAUCGUCCGGACCCGCCCAGGUUCCCUCAGAUCGACAACGUGGGCCACGAUUCUCUCGCGCUCAGCUGGAAGCCGCCACUUUGGGACGGCGGAAGCAACAUCACCAACUACUUCGUCGAGAAGAGGGAACACCCGAUGACCAGCUGGAUCAGGGUUGGAAACACCAGGUUCUGCUCGAUGGCGGUCACCGGACUCAGCCCUGGCCACCAGUACGACUUCAGGAUCUGCGCGGAGAACAUUUACGGAAGAUCCGAUCCCAGCGAGGUGACGCCGCUGAUCACGACCAAGGGCACCGUCAAGAGGGAGUUCAAGCAGAAGGAGUACAAGGUGGACGAGACCGGGAAGAAGAUUCGCGGCAGGAGCGACGAGAAGCCGCGCGAUUACGACCAGUUCGUGUUCGAUAUCUACAGCAAAUACGUGCCGCAGCCGGUUGAGAUCAAACACUUCUCCGUCUACGACCGAUACGACAUCCUCGAGGAGAUCGGAACCGGUGCGUUCGGCGUGGUACAUCGGUGCCGCGAACGCGCCACCGGCAACAUCUUCGCGGCCAAGUUUAUUCCGGUGUCGCACGCGAUGGAGAAGGAACUGAUCAGGAAAGAGAUCGACAUAAUGAAUCAGUUGCACCAUCCGAAACUGAUCAACCUCCACGACGCGUUCGAGGACGACGACGAGAUGGUCCUGAUAUUCGAGUUCUUGUCCGGCGGCGAGCUCUUCGAAAGAAUCACGGCGGAGGGUUACACGAUGUCCGAGGCCGAGGUGAUCAACUACAUGAGACAGAUAUGCGAGGCCGUGAAGCACAUGCACGAGAAGAACAUCAUACACUUGGACAUCAAGCCCGAGAACAUCAUGUGCCAGACGCGCAACAGCACCAACGUGAAGCUGAUCGACUUCGGUUUAGCCACGAAACUCGAUCCCAACGAGGUGGUGAAGAUCAGCACCGGAACCGCGGAAUUCGCAGCCCCGGAAAUCGUCGAACGCGAGCCAGUCGGUUUCUACACGGACAUGUGGGCCUGUGGUGUCUUAGCCUAUGUUCUAUUGAGCGGUCUGUCGCCGUUCGCCGGAGACAACGACAUCGAAACUCUGAAGAACGUCAAGGCCUGCGACUGGGACUUCGACGAAGAAGCAUUCCGCGACGUUUCCGAGGAGGGCAAGGACUUCAUUAGGCGAUUGCUCGUCAAGAACAAAGAGAAACGUAUGACUGCUCACGAGUGUCUGGUGCACGCAUGGUUGACCGGAGAUCACAGCGACCGAACUAAAGCGAUCUCGAGCAGCAGGUACCUCCGCUUCAGGGAUAGGCUAAGGGCCAAAUACGAGGACUGGGACAAAUACGUUCUUCCGAUCGGUCGACUAGCCGAGUACUCCUCGCUCAGGAAGCUGCUGAUCGACAAAUACAAGAUUUACGAUUCCUGCUUCGAUCGACGACAAGCGGCGCCGAGGUUCGUCAUCAAACCAACGAGCGCAUUCGCGUACGAGGGCCAGAGCGUCAAGUUCACUUGUCGCGUGAUCGCCACGGCUGACCCGACCCUCACGUGGUUCCACAACAACCAGGAACUCCGACAGUCUGUCAAAUUCAUGAAACGGUACCACGGAGACGACUACACCUUCAUCAUCAACAGAGUCAAGCUGGAGGACAGAGGAGAGUAUGUCAUCAGGGCAGAGAAUCAUUACGGUUACAGGGAGGAGGUCGUUUUCCUCAACGUGCAACCGCUACCAAUUGAGAUUCCGAAGUACAGACCGGAACUGCAUCCAGUGCGAAGAAGAGAGCCACUCGGUUACAACGUCUGGUUGGAGACGAUCGAAUCGGCGCCAAGCUUCACCUUCCUGCUCCGACCUCGCGUCAUCCAGGUCAGGCAAACAUGCAAGCUCCUCUGCUGUCUGGCUGGCAAUCCACCACCCACGGUUAAAUGGUACAAGGACAAAGACGAGCUCUCCAAGCAUCAUUACGCGAUGACGCACUCGGACGGCGUCGUGACGAUGGAGAUAAUCGACUGCAAGCCAGAGGACAGUGGCAAAUACCGUUGCGUGACCACCAACAAACAUGGAAAAGACGAGACCACAUGCGUCGUUAUCGUUGAAGGCACUGGAGAAACCGAGGAGCAAGUUAAAUUAGCACACGACCUCCUACAUUCCGGAGAUCGAAGAUUUAUCGAGAUGCCGCUGAAACCGGCUCCACCGCCGAUCAUAACCGUUCACAAAGCCGGUGGAUACAGCGGGUAUAGUUCCACCACCACGCAGGGUCACACGAGCAGUUCAUCGUCCAAUUACAGUAGUUCCACCAACAACGUCAAGAAAUACGGCCUUGACGCCACCGGAAGCCCAUCUCGUUCCAGAAGUACCACUAAAGAAUUAGCUUAUCCUCCAGACGAUUCGAUGAGAGCGCCACAGUUCACGAAAAAGCUGAGCGAUCUUACCAUCAACGACGGAGAACAGUUAGAACUUAGCGCGAUGGUCGACGGCGAUCCGGAGCCGCAGGUCACCUGGUCCAAGAACGGCAAGACGUUGAGCUCGUCGGGUAUCAUGAGCCUGAAAUACAAAGCGGGAGUCGCGACUCUUGUUAUCAACGAAGUGUUCCCCGAAGACGAGGGCGACUACACUUGUCAAGCGAGCAACAGCAUCGGUACCGUAACUACCUCUUGCAAGCUGACGGUAAAACCGAGCGCGAACGCAUCCGCGAAGAAGAAGACCGACGACAAACCUCCGAAGAUCGUGGACCACCUGACGAGCAUGUUCGUAAAAGACGGAGAGGCGGUAACGCUGAGCUGUCGAAUAAUCGGCGCCCAGAAGUUCGACGUGGUCUGGCUUCACAAUAAUAAGGAGAUCAAACCAAGCAAGGACUUCCAGUACAGUAACGAAGCGAAUAUCUAUAAAUUGAACAUCGCCGAGAUCUUCCCCGAGGAUUCCGGCACUUACACCUGCGAAGCGUUCAACGACGCAGGGGAGAGCUUCUCGUCGUGCACAUUAAACGUACUUGUUCCAAACGAGGAACCGAAGAGCCCAGUCUUCACGACAUUCCCGCAAUCUGCAACGGUAGGCGAAGGCGAAUCGGUUACGUUCACAUGCAAGACUGAAACCGCGCCUUUGAAAGUGACGUGGUUGAAAGACGGAAAAGCGAUCCCGGAGACUAGCAGCAGGUACCUCUUCAGUUCAGACGGUGACAAAUCGUUCGAGUUGCGUAUAAAAUCGUGCACGGCCAGCGACGUCGGCCAGUAUGUUGCUCGUGCGAUCGGCAAAAAGGGCGAGACGAACGCCGCAUUCGCCCUAAAUGUUACCAGCGAACAGUGAAAUCGUUGAUUUCGAUUACGUAAAAAAUCACAAUACGACAAGGUUUGGGUGAGAUCCAUCUAUUUUUUACCGUCUUAUAUUAUCCAGUAGCUAUGUCGGGAUUCGUAAAUCUGUUGAUUUUUACGUUCUUCUAACCCGUCUCUUUUCAGCUUCUACGAUGUUAUCGGGAGAACGAUGAUUAGAAAUGAAAAAAAAAAAAAAAAAAGAAAUGGUAAAGAACAGAGAAAAAAAUAUUAAAACGGA